AUGUGGUUCUUGGUCCUGUGCCUGACAAUGUCCCUGGGGCUGACUGCUAGCACCCCUUCCACAGGUACUGUGCCCCAGAUUCAUCCCCAGGCCAUGGGAUACUGGGGCUGUGAGAAGAAUUUCCAACCCUGGCAGACACUUGUGUACAAUUUCACUGAUAACAGGUAUGGGGGCGUCCUAGUGCACCCCCAGUGGGUGCUCACAGCUGCCCACUGCAUAAACAAUGCCCUGUGGAGGGGGGACUCAGGGACCCCACUGAUCUGUGAUGGUAUGCUUCAAGGAAUCACGUCCUGGGGCCACAUCCCAUGUCGCUGCCCCACUAUGCCUGCUGUCUACACCAAAGUGAUGCCCUACAUGCAGUGGAUAAAGAGACCAUAUUGGCCAACAGUUGAAUGUUCCUGCCCUCCCCCUCCCCUUACUCAAAUCAAAUACACAUGAAAUUCUGGCAUCCUCUGGCUUUUCCAGAUGUGGAGGACCCACCCAGCCUCCCGAAGUGGAAGGGUGUGGGAAACAGAACACCACAAUGACCAGAGGCACAUAUUCAUUCAGGCUCCAAGAUCUGAGAAAACUCGAGAUCGAGAUUGUAAGGUUAAAAACGACCUGAGAGGACCUGAGUGAAUUGCCCUUGGGAAAUGUGGUCUGUUCUUUAGUACGCACAUAAGGAUGUUUUGCUCAAAGGAAGCCAGCUGUAUAUAGCACAGUGCGUUCACUCCCUUCUUUGUCUUUGCUUCUGUCGUAAAGAUUCUUAUCAGAACAUAUGUAUCUGCUAGACUGCUCUCCUACGCAAGAUAUGUACGAUAGCUGAAUCAGAUGUACAUUGUGGACAUGCUUUGCUAAGUUUCUGUUAAUCAUUGCUGAUCUGUUUUUCCUGAAAAUGUAUAUAAGAAGAUGUACAAUAAACCUUGGUGCCUCGGGCUGUUGGCUCGGGGUCCCCUGUG